CUCUCUCUCCUGUCUCUCUCACUCACUCUCUCUCUCUCUCUCUCUCUCGCUGUCUCUCUCUCUCUCUCAGGGGCUGUUAUUCGCGGACCUGCGACUCAGGAAGCAACAUUAACUUUUUGGCUCAUGAAAAUAAAACAAUUAUCAGAUUAUUAUUUAUUUUUUAUUGCAACUUGUCUAUAAAGCCUGAAAGUAAUUUUUUUAUGAACUUGGAUUUUGGAUUUUGAAAGAAGAUAGUUUGGGGGAGCUCAAAGUGAGGUUUCUUUGCUGCAUGGUUUGUUAUGAAGUUAACGGCAUUUACCGGAACAUUCGGUACAUUUCCUGCUGUCGAACAAAGGAGAAGAUAGGAAGCGCUUUCGCCAUGCCCAGCUGAUCUCGUGAGUGACGGUGAGGAGACGCGGGAACUAAGAAGAACUGAACUAACGGGAGUUUACGCGCAUGGGAGAAGUCGAUGCAUCAUGUUUGAACUCGUGCGGAGUGGACGUUGGACUAAGGACAGAAAACAGUGAGUGUAACCAUUUUUAACGGUCCCGGUACCAGCGCGUGGAGCGGUUCGGGAUGAAGCUGUUUAACAGGGGCGUGAUGAUGCUCUUGACGACGGCGGGGGCGUUUUCCGCCUUCAGUCUCAUGACCAUCGCGGUUGGGACCGACUACUGGCUCUACUCGCGUGGGGUGUGCCGGUCCAAGGGCGGGAGCGACAACGAGACCAUCCGCAAGAACGAGGAGGUGAUGACCCACUCCGGUCUGUGGCGAACGUGCUGCACGGAAGGCACAUUCCGAGGUGUGUGUAAGGACAUCGACCACUUCCAGGAGGAUGCAGACUAUGAACAAGAUGCUGCAGAGUAUUUACUGCGUGCUGUGCGUGCGUCUAGUCUCUUCCCCAUCCUCAGUGUGGCCCUGCUGUUCCUGGGGGGGGUGUGUGUGGCGGCCAGCGAGUUCUACAAGAGCCACCACAACGUCAUCCUCAGUGCAGGCAUUCUGUUCGUCUCUGCUGGCCUCAGCAACAUCAUCGGCAUCAUCGUCUACAUAUCGGCCAACUCAGGCGACCCGUCGCAGAGCGACAGCAAGAAGAGCUACGCGUACGGCUGGUCCUUCUACUUCGGGGCGCUCUCCUUCGUCCUGGCCGAGAUGGUGGGCGUGCUGGCGGUCCACGUCUUCAUCGAGCGUCACCGUCGGUUACGCACGUGCGGCCGCCCCUCGUUCACCAAGCCGGCCCUCUACCGGAGCUCCUCCUCCUACUACCGCAACCGCUACUACGGCAACCGCCGACGCUCCAGUUACCGCAGCAACGCUGACCAGUCACCGCGGGUGCUGCUACUCCGCGACCCACUGUCGUCGACGGCGUCGGUGAAGGCGAAGGCUGCCGGCGUUGCCGGGGAGACGACCCCGGCGACAGUCGCCGGGGCAGAGUUUACGAUGUACUCUCUGGCCCCGCCCCUCUCAGAAGCGAAGACAAACGCAGCGCCACCAAACAGUAUGGCCGCUGUCGCCGGGGCGAUGGAGGCUGGAAGGAGCUUCCUGUCCACUCUCAAAAACAAAGAGGUGUUGCUUGGCAACGCCCCCAACAGGAGAACCACGCCAGUGUGAUGGAGAGGAGGAGGAGAGAUGGAGAGUGGGACUGAGGGAGAGGAGAGAGAGAAAAUAGAACUUACAUGUAGAACAUACAUGGACCAAAACAUGCAUGGAGAACAUACAUGGACAAGAACAUAUAUGUAGAACACAUAGGCCAGAACAUAUGUGUAGAACAUACCUGCGUCGACCCUGUAGAGUUUAUGGGUGUCCUGCGUCUCUUCCCACUAGUUGUUGCUUGUCAUGACAUUGUUGAAAUACUAUUUGAAACACUUUCAAAUACUUCCUCUGUUUCCUCCUGUGUCCACCUGUUGGGUUAGGAAACAGUCCAUUGGUUGAGCUGACAGACAGACUUGGCCAAUCAAAGCACAGAUACCUGGCAGUUAUUUGACCUUUGACCCUAAAGAUGUAUGUGUGUGUGUGUGUACAGGGGUCUGGUUAUAAAGUACAGUGUGUGUGUGUGUGUGUGUGUGUGUGUGUGUGUGUGUGUGUGUGUGUGUGUGUGUACAUACAGAGGUGUACAGAGAUCGGACCCCUGUUCCAUAAAGGCCGCUCAAAAAAGUUGGACUUAAAGUCCCAAACCUGACUUGAAUUAGGCUACUGUUAACAAUUAUGUAGCUAUAAUUAUACUGGGAUAAUGUAGAUUGAGAUAUAGGUAUAUAUGCCUGAUGCCUAAACAUUUGAAAUCACAAACUACCAUAUAGCCAUACGUUUAACGUAGGCUCUGUAGGUUUGUAUCAUUCUGAAAUCAUUGUUCAUCAUUGUUUAACGCAUUUAAUGUAUUUAAGUUGAUUUUCUAUAAAUUCAGCCUACAUAUUGA